ACCUGCGCGCGACUCCACAACAUAGUAACGUUUGAGAAUCAGAGGACGAAAAUGGCUUCCUCGUUAUCAUGAACACUUAUCUCUUCUUCUUCCAAGUUUGAAGAUGCCACGACAACACUCUCCUUCAUUCCUUCUCUGUCAAGAACAAUACCCUUUCCAACAACAUUCUCCCACCAACCAUCACUCUUCACCUCUCACUUUGUUCCACAAUGAUUCCUUCUUCCAACACCAUCACCUUCUCUCUCUUUUAGCCAAAGAGAGACCCACCCAUUUUCGUUCUCAUACCGAUGCCACUCUCUCUCCUCGUCAAGAUGCCGUUCGCUGGAUUUUUAGAGUUUCCUCUCUUUAUGCUUUCACUGCCUUGACCACUGUUCUUGCCGUUAACUACUUUGAUAGGUCCGUUACCAGCGUAAGGUUUCAGAGUGAUAAGCCAUGGAUGGCUCAGCUCGUUGCUGUUGCUUGUUUGUCUCUCGCUGCCAAAAUGGAAGAGACACAAGUGCCACUUCUUUUGGACCUGCAAGUGGAGGAAUCGAAGUUCGUGUUUGAACCAAAGACCAUACAGAGAAUGGAGCUUCUAGUGUUGUCCACUCUUAAAUGGAAGAUGAACCCUGUGACCCCAAUUUCCUUCUUCCAACAUCUUGUUACAAGGCUUGGUUUAAAGAGUCACUUGCAUUGGGAGUUCCUCUGUAGGUGUGAACGCGUUCUUCUCUCAGUCAUUGCUGAUUCAAGGGUUAUGAGUUAUCUUCCUUCUACUUUGGCUGCUGCUACGAUGAUCCACGUUAUUGAAGAGAUUGAAUCAUUUAAUGCAUUGGAAUGUAGAAAUCAAGUUCUUGGUUUACUCAAUAGUAGUGAGGAACAAGUGAAUGAGUGCUACAAAUUGAUGCUGAAGAAGUUAGUUUGUUGUGAAGGCAUUCACAAUCUUUGCCAGAAGCGCAAACGCCUGUCUGAACCAAGUAGCCCAGGUGGAGUCAUUGAUGCAUCUUUCAGCUGUGAGAGCUCAAAUGAUUCAUGGGCUGUGGCAUCAUCAGUGACACUUUCACUGGAGCCAGUGUUCAAGAAGAGCAAAGUUCAAGAACAGCAGAUGCGGUUGCCUUUAGUAAAUCACGUGUCUGUUGAUGUUCUAAGUAGUCCUCGUUAAUAACUUAUAUUUGUAUUAUUUAAAUAUGAUGGGUUUAUUUGGCACCCCAUAUAGAUCUGGGAGUUAUCUUAUUGGUGAAUUGAAUUGUGUUCCUAGUUUUAAAAUUGCUGGCUGAACAUUUACAACCAAGUGUGACAGAGUGACUCCAUUCUUUCACUUUGUUGUUUGAAUGGAACAAUGAUCUGAUACUGAAUACAAAAAUGAAGGAUACAACUAAACUGCAGUCCUUGAGGAGCUUUUGUUACCGAUCUCCAAUUAAAAUUGGAAUUUCAACAACGUAAUCUAUGACAAUUUUUAAUGCCGACUAUUAUUAUGUGGGUUACUAAGGGUAAAAUUUUAAUUUUGACUGGAAAA